GUACAUGCAUUUGCAUUUCAAGUUUGCGUGCUUAUUUAGAAUGAUUAGUUAACUUGUCGAUUUGCCAUUCAGAAUAAGUUAAAUGAUACAGAUACAGCGAUAACAUUUUGAAAUAAGAUACGACCGAUUGUCGUUCCACAGAUAAAUAAAACCGAGUUAAACACUUAGAUCGUGACAUGCAGCGAAGUGCCGCAGGGUAUGUCGGCACGAAUGGAACAGCUCGCCCGGCCGAAGCCCAACCUGCAGAAAUACCCCGACAGGAGAUCGGUAUAUUGGCUAGAUGAACUUCCCGUCGCAUCAAAGGGGUCAACAACCACCUUCGAUCUGACACCACGCUGGGCCCAGCUCGCCCUUAAGAAGCUGGUCCACCCCAGUUUCCAGGAGAACAGGUCUCCGGCAUGGCAGGUGUCGGCCGCAACCCUGCAGGCUUCCCCCUCGGAGAGGGUGUGCCACCUGGCUAUACCCCGCCCGCCCGCUAAAGGUUGGCAACCAGAUCGCCCCCUGUUGGCCACACAGGUGAGUAAGUCUAUGCGGACAGCUGCUCCCAGCCCCCGAAUCUGCCAGUUAUCCCAGCCUAGGAAAUCGGCGAUCCUGCUCCCUGAUGAUGAGCACAAACCAUCUGCCAGAGGGCUGGGUCUCACCAAAAUGUCCCCCCGAAUACACCUCCUGGCCAUCCCAAAGUCUGACCACCCCGAGCACCAGCAGGAUCGGCCUGUGCUGUGGACAGUCCCUAGGUCAGCUCUUUGUGGGCUUCCCAGCGAGCGGAUACAGGUGCUGGCCCAGCCUAAACAGCGGAGGGCGCUGUUUGAAGAACAUGACCCCUACUGUGUCAGUCCGGCCGCCCUCUAUGGUACUGCCUCCCUGCGGCUCCUGCAGCUCAGCGCCCCGCUGCCACGCAAGUGCAGAAAGAAGUAGCCAGCAUGUCAUCUGGGGCCAAGGGCCCAGAAAGAUAAUCCCUGUGUUUUUGCUCAGAAUAAAGUCUGUG